AUGAGCAACUCCAGCUCACGACGAGCCAAUAUGCGCACUUGUUCGGUGGCGUGUGAUGUCGAGACUUCAACUGAAGGAAUCACAGAGACGAGAGGAGGCGGCGAGGCGAAGCUCAGAUGCCCAGCCCUAAAAGUUACUGAUGAAAGCAGUGGCGGACGCACGUUGAGACAAGAGGGGUCACACGACCCCUUGGAUGCCUAA